AUGACUGUUAAACAGUUAGAAUCAUGUGAAAAGAAAUCGAGAAUAUUAUUGUUUUCUAGUAUUAAAAUAUUUCAAAGGAAUCUUGAUAACUUGAUUCCAUAUGAUCAAAUGCCUUUCAAAAAUAUUCAAUUAGUGUUAUCGACAAAGAAACUUAUUGAUCGAUCUAUAAAUGAGUUCCGCCAGCGAUCUUUUGACGUCGAUAUUCCCCUCGACAUAGCUGAUGUUAUUUGCAAAAAUUUUUCUGACACAAUUAAAUCACAGGUUGCUGAGUUGAAGGAAAUAAAUGAAUUAAGCUUAAACUCUACCGAGCAAGAGUAUUCACGUACAUGUAAGCAACUGUUAGCAGAGUACGUUGUGAAAUUGUAUAAUAGUCUUCGUGGGGAGCCAGAAAUGUUUGAAACAAUCAUUACAAAGUGUACUGCUGACAUAAUGAAAAAGUAUGAUAAAAAAAUCGCAAGCUAUCCGGAAUUCAUCAUAAAAGAGCAUUAUCACGUUUUCAAAAAUAAACUGAAUUCCAAAAAUAAAAAAUUCCGUAUCGAGUAUAACGCGUACUUGAAACAGUACAUGAAAGAUUUCAAAAAGAAAGUCAAAGCUAUACAUAAAAAUGUAUUUCAUGAAUACAAGCUCGAAGUUAAUGUGAAAAUACCAAAUAUUCCAAUGUCAUUAAGAGAGCUAGACAUCUUAUUGUACGACAGAAAAGACAAAUACCACUCUCUUUUUGAUACAAAAACUGCAGCCCUUUCGGGUCAAAGAGAGGCUUCAAAAGCUUAUAUUCAGCGACGGAAGAACAUCCUCGUGGAAAGCAUCAAUGAAGAACAGGAAAAUAUGAGCAGAUAUAACCAAGAUGCUUCAAAAGAGUGUUGUAAUAACAUAUGGGACAAAAAAGUUCAACCUAUAUGUGACAAAGUGAAAAAAGGAGAUUACGAUAGCUUAGAAAAGUUCCAAAAGGAACUCAAUACGUUCGAACACAGUUAUCGAAAUGAAGCUUUAGGCCCAGAGAUUGAUACCGUUUGGAAAAAAAGAUUUAAAGCGAUAGAUUCCUGGAAGGCCAAUAUCAAAAGAUCCUUUAUGGCUGUGCCUUACAACCACAAAAACAUUGAAACUAUUUACAACGAAAUUAUGAAAUCAACCCUUACACCCAUUGAUCGAAUGGCCGAACAUUUAGGGUUAGCGUGGGCUGGUAGUGGACAUUAUAGACGCACGGCUAGAGGGUAUACUUGGGAUUGUACUAGGAAGGAUGUGAAUCACAAAAACAAGUUACCAUCUUAUGUACUCUAUGAUUUCAAGUCUGGCCUCAAGGAUCUAAUUACGUCCGAUCCAAUUAUAGAAUACGUUAACCCUCGCGAAAUCGAUAUAUCGAUUUAUGGACCUUACCCUACAGAUACAACUAUAACCAGGAAAGUUGAUUACUCAGUAACUGAGCAAUUGAUUUGGGAAUGUAGUAAGAAAUUUUCUUUCAACCAAGAGGCUUCAGCCUCUUACAAGCAAGGCGUCAAGGAAAUAUGGGAAGCAUCGAUAAGUCUCAAAUUUGGUUUUUCGCAAGAGUUGUUUAACAAAGAUGGCGGUACCAAAACUAUAACUAGAACUGAAUCAGCAGUAAGUGAUAUUUUUAUCCCAGCCGGAAAGAGGGUUCAGGUCACUUCUAUUAGCUACGAUCAGUCAGUUACCAUCAAUUACAUUGCCAUCUUUAAUGUUUCUGCAAGUUUGAGGAUGGAGGGUGUCCUUUUGUGGGGCGCAGAAUCUCCUGAGAAAAACUAUCACCAGGAUUUCCAAGAAGGUGGGACUGGAAAUCAUUGGAGCCACGAUUUUGGAGAUAUUACCGAAAUCUACGAUCAAAUGAUGCAAAACAGAGAACCUUGGCUCUGGGAUGAAUGCAAACGUGAUAAUCCCGAACUAACUUCUAUAUUGGGACAGCUCAAAGAUCCCAAAAAGUAUGAGUUCAUUGUUUCUGGAAAAUUCAAUGGAGUCAAUGGAGUCAGAGUGGAAGAUAAAGUUAAGAUCUUGAGGUAA